GGAUGCAGCGCAGAUCAAUGACUCCGUUCUGUGCCUCUAUCUCUCCUCACUUGCCCCGCUAGGUUUGUGUUACUUCGGUCAUGACAUGGCGAAUCUCUCCUCCGCACACAAGGCAGCUUGCCAGAACAGUGUGCUCACGGACGACGUCAGGGCGGGUAUACUCAGCGAGUGUACGGCCAGCCAUUCUGUACUCGCACGAACUGCGUCUGUAUCGUCCCGGCGGAGUUCGGGAUGUCUCGACCGCCGUACACUUCUACCAAAAUCGACACCUUGAGGCAUUCGCUUCAAAACCAGCGACGAGAUUGACGUUGCGGCAGUUGGUCUUCUUCGGAAAGUCUAUGAACGAGGAACGGCUCAUUAAGAGUGCAAAUUAUGUGCGUACAGAGCUACCCAUCCGCAUAGCGCACAGGCUACGGGACAUGCAAGCGCUGCCUUAUGUCGUAGUGACACAGGAAGGCAUCGCGAAAGUGUACGAGCUCUACUGGAACGCGUUCGACAAGUUCCGCCGCUAUCCUCAAAUCAACACUCUUCAAGAGAACAACGCAUUCUGCGAUUUUGUGGCGAAUCUGCUGAAGGACCACAAAUCCGUAAUCCCGAACCUCUCGCUAGGCAUGUCCUUGUCGUCGCCUUAUCUCCUCCCGGACCGUCUGGACUCGUUCAUGCGGAGGAUGCUCGUCUCGCGAAUAUCUCGUCGCGUACUCGCGGAGCACCACAUCGCCCUCACACGGCAGGUCAACUCUCAUGAAGGGUCACAUGUGAGAGACAAUGUGGGCAUCAUAACCACAGCAUUGGACGUGAAGGAGUGCAUCGUGAGGUGUGCUAGGUUCCUACAGCAGCGACCGUACCACUCGGGCGAGGACUCGCUGGACGCUCCCCUCAGUAACGCGCCAUGGCCAGAGGUUGAGAUUGAGGGGCAUGUGAAUACGAAGUUUGCAUACAUCCGGGAACAUCUCGAGUACAUCGUCUUCGAACUCUUGAAGAAUGCAUUCAGGGCUACCCGACUCAAGCAUCCAACGGCCCAGGUCCUCCCCCCGGUACAUGCCACUGUCGUUGCCAGCGACAACAACGUUUGUCUACGUAUCUCAGACCAAGGCGGGGGUCUCCUCUCGCCUGAGGUCAAGUCACCAUCCGACUUGUUCUCAUUUUCGCAUGUAAGGAAUGCCACGCGCUUGGAAGAUGCACGUCUUGGCGCGCUGCGGACAGUCAGCUCGAGCACCCGCGGUAUGACAGCGACGGUGUCUGAACAGAUUGGCACCCUACAGCCAGACGCACACGGUGAAAUAUCGCCAGAUCCGGUUGACCCGUAUCCAAGAAUUGGAAUGGGGCUGCCGAUGAGCAAUAUAUACGCGACGUACUUUGGCGGGUCCUUGGAUCUCGUCAGCAUGGAUGGCUAUGGUACGGACGUCUUCGUUCGCUUACCAAAGUUGGGCACCAAUCUCGAGGGCAUCGAGCUGUAGUCGCCCAGUCCACGCGGCGUCUGUCGGUGACACAGGUCAUUACCGCUGUCUUGUAUUCAUGGUCCGCUCUUGUAUGCACUGCCGCAUUAUGUUUGCCAAGAGUCUUCUUCCACCGAAAACCUGCUCUGACUAGCCACAAUCGCUGCUCCAUGUAGUACCUCAUCUCCAUCUCUUGCAGUCUCUCGCCCGGUCUCACCCAUAAGCAAUACAUUGAUGGUCACAAACAAUAUGUUCGCAGAUCAGAUAUUGAGACCCC